AUGCCGGUCAUCACACGACACAUAGGUCAAAUAUCGCUCCUCGGCGAGAAGACCGCAGGACGGGAUACUCGCCAGGAUGAAACUGCUUCUCCUUACUUCGGUCUCCGCAGACCCAAGGGCAUGCACUGGCGAUACCAAACUUUACCCUCAAUGAGACGGACAACAAGUUCAUCCGGCGCUGUCCAAGAUCUUCACAGAUGCCAGCAAGACGGUAACCGUCACCCAGGUCCUGGUGGACGCGAAUCGGGACCUGCAAAAAGGCACAGUCGCCUACCCAAUGUCGGAGCGGUGACUCUGGAAUUCCGUCCUGGCGAUGCGCUGGCUGUCGGGAUAUACGAGAGCAAGGACGUCUGGCUUGCCAGGUGGUAUGCCCUGUACGUGGUCGACAUCAGCCAUGGCCUGCGGGUGUUCGACAGGGACAACGUCCGGAAGGUCGAGAGUGGCGAUGGCAUCGGUAAGAUGGCUAGAGGCGAGUACUCGGCAGCCAAUUACGCCUAUGUCCUUCCUCAGACGAGGUGA